GGGCGGGGCUUAGUGGCGCGGCCUGAGGGCGGCGGGAGUCUGCUUGCUUCCUCGGCGGUGUCCCACGCUGCUCGCACGCUGUGCGGGGCAACAUGGCGGACACGGAAGUGUAUAUUGUGCCGAAGAAACAUAAGAAGAAAAAGGAGCGGAAGUCGUUAGCAGAAGAAGAUGUAGCAGAGAUACAACACGCUGAGGAAUUUCUUAUCAAACCUGAAUCCAAGGCGGCUCAGUUGGACACAUCUCAAUGGCCCCUGUUGCUCAAGAAUUUCGAUAAGCUAAACGUAAGGACAACACACUAUACACCUCUUCCUUGUGGAUCAAAUCCUCUGAAGAGAGAGAUUGGGGACUAUAUCAGGACAGGUUUCAUUAAUCUUGAUAAGCCCUCCAACCCCUCUUCCCAUGAGGUGGUAGCGUGGAUCCGACGAAUACUUCGGGUGGAGAAGACAGGACACAGUGGUACUCUGGAUCCCAAGGUGACUGGCUGUUUAAUCGUGUGCAUAGAACGAGCCACUCGCUUGGUGAAAUCCCAACAGAGUGCAGGCAAAGAGUAUGUGGGAAUUGUCCGGCUACACAAUGCUAUUGAAGGGGGGACUCAACUUUCUAGGGCCCUAGAAACUCUGACAGGUGCCUUAUUCCAGCGACCCCCACUUAUUGCUGCAGUAAAGAGGCAGCUCCGAGUGCGGACCAUAUACGAGAGCAAGAUGAUCGAGUAUGAUCCGGAAAGAAGAUUAGGAAUCUUCUGGGUGAGUUGUGAGGCCGGCACGUAUAUUCGGACACUGUGUGUGCACCUGGGUUUGUUGUUGGGAGUUGGCGGUCAGAUGCAGGAACUUCGGCGGGUGCGUUCUGGAGUCAUGAGUGAAAAGGACCAUAUGGUGACGAUGCACGAUGUGCUUGAUGCCCAGUGGCUGUAUGACAACCACAAGGAUGAGAGUUACCUGCGGCGGGUUGUUUACCCUUUAGAAAAGCUCUUGACAUCUCACAAACGGCUGGUGAUGAAAGACAGCGCGGUGAAUGCAAUCUGCUAUGGGGCAAAGAUCAUGCUUCCGGGAGUUCUCCGAUACGAGGACGGCAUCGAAGUCAACCAGGAGAUCGUGGUCAUCACCACCAAAGGGGAAGCGAUCUGCAUGGCUAUUGCAUUAAUGACCACAGCAGUGAUCUCUACCUGUGACCAUGGUAUAGUAGCCAAGAUCAAGAGAGUGAUCAUGGAGAGAGAUACUUAUCCUCGGAAGUGGGGUUUAGGUCCAAAGGCAAGUCAGAAGAAGUUGAUGAUCAAGCAGGGCCUUCUGGAUAAGCAUGGCAAGCCCACGGACAGCACACCUGUCGCCUGGACGCAGGAGUACGUGGACUACAGUGACUCUGCCAAGAGAGAGGUGGCGGCCAAGGCAGCAAAAGCCCCGCAGGAAGUUGUUGAAGUGGUAAAAGCCCCAAAAGUAGUUGAUGAAGCGGUGAAAGCUCCAAAGCGGAAGCGAGAGAGCGAAAGUGACGAGACGUCACCACAGCUGGUCAAGAAAGAAAAGAAGAAGAAGAAGGAUAAGAAGGCCAAAGCUGGUGUAGACAGUGCGGACGAUCCGGGAGACGGGGACAGUGACGCCAGCAAGAAGAAGAAGAAGAAGAAGAAGAAAAUCAAAGUGGAAGUGGUUUCUGAGUAGUGGAGACCACUUCAAGCCCGGUGUCCAGUUGGGAGGAGAAAUUAAAAAGCCUUACUGAGAAAACCUAAUUCCUUUGGUUCUUGAGGGAAUGGAACCCAGGUCCCAGAAAGGGUGGAGAGCCCCGGCACGUUUUCCUGCUACCUGAGAGCUCUGUGAGGUCACCUGGUGCGCCCAUCCCAUCCUGUCCUGUUUUAAGGAUACGGGUGAAGGAGGCGGAUUUGAUGCCACCCGCUUCUCUGCUGGGGAGAGUCGGAACCCUCUCCUUCAGACCCAGCGCAGCCCGGGCACCGUCUCAGCCGUUGCCCGGUGGCUGUGUUGACACCCUCGCUCUCUCCUGGUUUGCACCCCGUCCCCCGCCCUGGCUCAUCGAAAGCGUCCGCACGUUGCUCAAUGAAAUGGUGUAGAGCAAGUAAAACCAUAGAACCGAGCCACGCUGCUCACUGCAGAGAUCAAUUUUUCCUCCCGCGUCCUAUGAGGACAGUGGUCUACCUUGGCGUCACGGCCACCUGUGUCACCCCCAUUUCCCCUGCCAGAGGCAGGCCAAACUUAUCAGCUGUUUUCCGGUCCAUCUCGGGCUUAGUGGUCUUCUGUGUACUUGUUCAGAGCCUGUGUGUACAGCCUCGUGUGCCUGGAUCCAUCUGCCUACGUGUUUUGUGACAGAAGCUAGAAACUGCUCUGUACUCUUAACCCUCCUUUACUUUCAAAGGAUGCAAUCACUGCUGGGAGAAGGUUGGAAUUUUUACUUAUUAAACUUUACUUGUUUUUAAAAGUA